GUCGAUGAAAUGAAAACCCAGAAAAGAGCCGCAAAUAUUUAGCUAAAUACAACGAGUACCAGCUAAGCUUGAUUCCAAUUAAUUAAAUAAUAUUGUUGGUCAAUCAUUCCUUCGCGGAAAAUCUGCUGAAGUCCCUGUUUUCAUCAAACUUUCUUCAGUUUUAUAAUCUCUUCAUAAAGUUUGUCAAAGUUUGUCAGCUCAAGUCUGGAAGUGGAGAUAAAAAGCAGUGGCUCUAAAUUCAAAAGAGAGAAAGGAUCAUAAAUGUGACUUUUUUUAUUAUUAUUUGGUUGAAUUUUGGAAUUUCAGAUGUGGAUUUGCUAUAUUUAGUAUCAGUUAUUGUGAGAAGCUAGAGGUCUUGUGAGUAAAGAAUUUGAGGCAAUCCAUUUUGUGAUUUGCAGAAUCUUUGAUGCAAUUAAUAAGAUGUGCAGAUCCUAAUGAACUAUUUGGGAAGUGAUUAGAUUUGGGCUUGUUAUUUUUCUGAUAAAAUUGCAUUUGAAGAAAAGGGCAUAUUUAAAGAAGGGCUAGUUCAGUUUGUUUGGUUAUAUACAUUUAGUGUAGAGGAGAGAGAUGCAAAGAGUGCGUGUUUCAUCGUUCCAAUCUCCAAUCUCCAAAAUGACAUUAUCUCCACAAUUUGGAUUAGCUGAAAUCCAGUCAUCUUUGCUAGAUCCUUCACUAGAAUUAGAACUAUCGAAUAGGGGAGAGCGGCUGAUUCCAGGCCUUCCUGAUGAUGUUGCUUUGCAAUGCCUCCUCCGGGUUCCAGUUGAUAAACACUCAACCUGCAAGGCUGUCUGCAAGCGUUGGUAUUCGUUGUUUGGCAGCAAGGAGCAUUUUUUCACUCGGAGAAAGGAGUUUAGUUUCCAUGAUCAGUGGCUUUUUGUCUUUGCACACCACAAAUGUACUGGAAAAUUAGAGUGGAAGGUUCUAGACCUUACCCAGUUCUCUUGGCACACUAUUCCCGCUAUGCCUUGCAAGGAUGAGGUCUGCCCCCAGGGAUUCAGGUGCGUGUCCAUCCCUCAUGAGGGUGUUCUCUUUGUUUGUGGCGGUGUUGCCUCUGAUGUGGACUGCCCCCUCAAUUUAGUACUGAAAUAUGAAGUUUGUAAGAACCAUUGGACUGUGAUGACAAAGAUGAUCACUGCACGGUCGUUUUUUGCAAGUGGGAUAAUUGAUGGGAUGGUAUAUGUGGCUGGUGGAAACAGUCGUGAUAUGGUCGAGCUUAACUCGGCUGAGGUCCUCGAUCCUAAUAAAGGAACCUGGCGUUCAGUUGCAAACAUGGGAACAAACAUUGCCUCUUAUGAUGCAGCAGUUCUUAAUGGGAAGCUCCUUGUGACAGAGGGUUGGUAUUGGCCCUUCUAUGUUGUACCCAGGGGCCAGGUUUAUGACCCCAUAACAGAUAACUGGGAGAAUAUGGCUACUGGACUGCGAGAAGGCUGGACUGGUUCGAGCGUUGUGAUGUACGAGCAUUUGUUUGUGGUUACAGAGCACGAAAGAACAAAACUGAAGGUUUAUGACAAUGAAACUGAUUCUUGGUGUACUGUUGAAGGACCUCCUUUGCCAGAGCAGAUAUGCAAGCCUUUCUGUGUCGACUGCUGGGAUAACAGGAUUUAUGUGGUAGGUCGAAAUCUUCACCUUGCCGUGGGCCAUAUCUCGAGCCCUUGCCCAAGAGGCUCAUCCACAAAAAGGUGCAGAUUUUCUGUUCAUUGGCAAGUGGUGGAUGCACCUGAAUCCCUCUCUGAAUUAACACCAUCAAGUGCAAAGGUUCUAUUUGCUUGAACUACUUUGAGUUUGUGAUUAUGCUUUUUUUUGCUGCUGCCACUGUUGUUAUAUGAGAAUGUCAAUAUAUUAAAGAGAUACUAGCAUGUGAAGCACUUUCCUCUUGGUAUUUAGAUCGUAUAAUUGUGGUUUGUCUUUACAAAAAUUACUGCUAUAACCAAUUAAGAUUUUGUUUUUCA